AAAUAGGUCUCUCUCCUCUGCCCCCCUCUCCCUCUCUCUGGAUCCUACCGCCAUGGCCGACGCGCCCUCCGCUUCCUCCUCCUCCCCCGGCGGCUCCCCGCCGCCGCAGCCGCAGCCGGAGAGCGAAGGCGGAUCCAUCUCCUCCAUGGUCGCCUCGUCCGCGACCUCCGCGGCGGCGGCCGCCGCGGAUUUCACGCGGCGGGGUGAGGCAUUCAGCGCCGACAUGGUCGCUGCCGCCAGGGCCACCGUCGACACGGCCACCGCCCACGCGCACUCGUCCGCCAUCGCCGCUUCUGAUGCCGCCAACGAUGCCAUGGCCGCCGCCCUCGCCGCCUUCCCCACCCUCACCAACGCCGCGAAGGAAGAGCUGGAAUGGGUCAAGAAGGAGUACUUGGCUCGUGAGCAGAUGGCGCUGGGCAAGAUCAAAGAGGGUGUCAUCAUGGCAAUCGAGCAUCCAGGCAUUGCCGCAGGCUCUGCCACAGUUGCAGGAAUUGUGCUGCUCAAAAGGCCAAGGAGCUACUUAAUACAACGUGUACGACGAAUAUUUGUCAGCAAGGAGACCCUACUUUCCGGCAUCCAAGCUGAAGUGAAUCACAUGCGGCAAACUGUCAAUCUUGUAUCCAAUGAAAGCCAAAAAUUGAUGGAUAGAGCAGCAACGGCAGAAAAAAGAUUCCAGAAAGGAUGGAAUACACUCAGGGAAGAAGGGCGCGCCAUUCAAAGUGAGCUGAAGCAGAUUAGUGAUAUUGAAAACCAAGUAGUAGGUCUCAAAGGAAUUCUUGAUCAGCUUCCGAGAGCACAUGCAUCUGAAUUUCGAUCAGAGAUUUCUGGUCUAGCCUCCCAGGUCAAGAAGGAGAAGCGUGUGCUUAACUCUGCCCUCACGAAGAUUGUGAAUUAUGGUGUCCCUAUCUAACUACCUCUGCCAUUUUCACCACACGAGGAAGAUUAAAGGCUAGCCCUGGUGGAUCUUUUGCUGCAAAAUAGUCCCGAAGGAAUGGGAAAACAAUAAGUUUUGUCACUCUUGCAGACCUGUAAAAUGUUUCUGCUGCGCUAAACUCUGAGUCUCUGACUAGCGACAGAUGAAAUUUUGGCUCAUCGACAUUGACUGAUGUAUUUUUAUACUUUUGGUAUGGUUUACAGUUCUCUCAUUGCAGUA